AUGCCCCACAAGAUUGGAUUCGUUGUCGUCAGCUCAUCUGGGCACGAGAACGGCUACAGCGCCCGGGAACUCAUGAUCCACGCACCCACUGUCAGCGGGUGGAGGUCGCCAAGGUUCUGCCAGUUCCCGCAGGAGAUCGUGGUGCAGAUGGUGGAGCGAUGCCGCGUGCGGAAGCUGCAGCUACUGGCGCACCAGUACAUGAUCCCCAGCAAGGUGGAGUUCUUCAUCAGCCACUGCCCGCCCACGUACCCGGGCCCCUUCCAGGCCGAGCGCUUCCACAGGCUGGGCUACGUCUCCCUCUGCGACAACGAGAAGACGGGCUGCAGAGCCCGGGAGCUGAAGUCAGUCUAUGUGGACACAGAGGGGCAGUUUCUGAAACUGGUUCUUCACCAGAAUCACGCCAACAAGUACAACAUCUACAACCAGGUCGCCCUGGUCGCCAUGAACAUCAUCGGGGACCCCGUGGGCUGCACCGACGAGAGCAACAUCGCCUCCAGGGAGAAGAUGGCUGACCAGUCCCAGGGGCAGCGCUCCGAGGACCCAGCGCUGGAAGGAAGCUCCUCCGGGAAGUCUGACUACAUCUCCCCGCUAGACGACUUAGCUUUCGAUAUGUACCAAGACCCGGAAGUCGCGCAGAUCAUUCGCAAGUUAGACGAGAGGAAGCGCGACGCGGUGCAGCAGGAGCGCUACGACUACGCCAAGAAGCUGAAGCAGGCCAUCGCCGACCUGCAGAAGGUCGGGGAACGGCUGGGGCGCUACGAGGUGGAGAAGCGCUGUGCCGUGGAGAAGGAGGACUACGACCUGGCCAAGCACAAGAAGCGGCAGAUGGAGGAGUACCGCGCCCGCGUGUACUCGCAGCUGGAGCUGCACAGCCUCGUGGACACGGAGCUGGUGCCACGGCCGUUGGAUCUGCCACCGCAGCCCCUCGCCCAGUCCAGCAGUUCCUACCAGCUGCUGCCCCCUCAGGAAGACAGAGUGACAGACAGCCUCCUGGAGCAGCCCUCGUCCAACUCCCUGGACAUGUCUUCCCUGCCCUGCUCCUCGGACCAGCAGCUGUCCUCCACUCACUCUCCCGGCAAGGCCCGCCCCGAGGCCGUGCCCUAUGACGAGCGCCCCCUUCCCGCUGUCCACAAGCAGCCCGGGGCGGCCGAGGAGCCGGAGAAGCGGGACCUGGACACCAGCGAGGCCCCCCGAGUGGCUGCUGCCGGCGAGCCCGAGCCCCUCACGGAGAAGGCCCUGCGGGAAGCCAGCCCUGCCAUCGAGGUGCUGGGGGAAGGCCUGGUGGCAAAGGCCUAUUCCAAGGUGUGGUCCUUCCGGGAGGAAGCCCUGCUCACCCUGUACCAGCAGCUGGUGGACGCGCCCACCGGGACCCCGAAGGAGGACCUGAGGGGCCUGCUGCGCGCAGCCGUCUUCCUCACCCGGAGGUCCCUCCGGGACAUCGUGACCCCGGUCUUCCAGGCGUCGCUGAAGGUGCUGAAGAUGCUCAUCACGCAGUUCAUCCCCAAGCACAAGCUGAGCAAGCUGGAGACGACGCACUGUGUGGAGAGGACCGUGCCCGUGCUGCUCGCCCGCACCGGGGACUCCUCCGCUCGCCUGCGGGCCGCGGCUUCCAACUUCAUCCAGGAGAUGGCGCUGUGCAAGGAAGUGCGGUCCCUGCAGAUGGUGCCGUCCUACCUGGUGCAGCCCCUGAAGGCCAACGCGUCAGCGCACCUGGCCCUCAGCCAGGUGGCGCUGCUGGCCCGGCUGCUGCGAGACCUGGGCACCGACAGCACCGGCUUCACCGUGGACAACGUGAUGAAGUUUGCAGUGCGGGCCCUGGAGCACCGGGUGUACCAGGUGCGGGAGAUGGCGGUCUGCGUGAUCCUGGACCUGUACCGGCAGCACCGCACCGACGUGCUCGGGUACCUGCCCCCCGACGACAGCACCUCGCGCAAGAACAUCCUCUUCAAAACCAUCUUCGAGGGCUUUGCGAAAAUCGACGGCAGACCCACAGACUCUGAGGUCAAGGCACAGAGGAGAGCAGCCACGGAGGAGGCAGAGAGACAGAAGGAGGAGGAAAUCAAAGCUCUGCAGGGGCAGCUGGCCGCCCUGAAGGACAUGCAGGCCGGGGCCCAGGAAAGAGGAAGGGAGGCGGCCAAGGCGAGGAGUCCAGACCCUGACCGAAGGCGCUCGGCCCCAAGCAGCACCCCCGAGAGUUCCGAGAGCCCGGGCCUGGACAACCUGUGCAUCUUCUGCGGGGAGCGGAGCUCGUCCUUCACGGAGGAGGGCCUGGACUUGCACUACUGGAAGCACUGCCUCAUGCUGACCCGCUGCGGCCACUGCAGACAGGUGGUGGAGAUCGCCAGCCUGACGGAGCACCUGCUGACGGAGUGCGACAGGAGGGACGGGUUCGGGAGGUGCUACCGCUGCAGCGAGGCUGUCCCCAAAGAGGAGCUGCCCACGCAUGUCAAGUCCAAGGACUGCCACCCUGCCAAACCAGAGAAGCUGGCCAACCGGUGCCCUCUGUGCCACGAGAACUUCGCCCCCGGAGAGGAGGCGUGGAAAGUGCACCUGAUGGGCCCCGUGGGCUGCGCGAUGAACAUGCGCCGGAUGCGCCUGCUCUUCAAGGCUCCGGCUCUGCCACAGGGCAGAGGCCCAGACACGGCCAAGCCGGGGACCUCGGGGCCGAAGGCUGGAAGCAAGAUCCCCACCCCAAAGGGGGGCCAGAGCAAGUGCCCCGGCAGGACCUACAGGAGGCAAUGA